CUGGAAGCGUUUUAUUUUCUACGGACGUUCGUCCGUCGUUUCGUCAGGGGUAUAGCGAGUGUACUUGAUUCGUUUUGUGCGGAAGACCGAAAUAGAAGUUAAACAGAAACGGACAAGAACAAAAGCAAAACACAAAAAGUAUGGGUAGUAGGAAAGAAUCCUCAGACUCCAGGAGUAGUAGAAGUAGCUCAAGACAGAGGUCACGGAAGAAAAGGUCCAAAAGCAGCUCAUAUACAUCUUCUAGCAGAAGUAGCAGCAGCAGUUCAAGAUCUUCUAGCAGCAACAGAUCCUCUGCGAGUUACAGCAAAAGAAGACACAGAAGUUCUUCAAGCUCGAGUAGUGAGAAACAAAGGCGCAGUUGGUCGCCAGUAGAAAGAGAAACAAAGCAUAAAAAUUACUCUGAAAGAGAUGAUCAUAAAGAUACAAGGAGGCGGAAAAGUAGGUCACGAUCACGUGAAAGAAGGACCCAUAGAUACAAUGAUUCCAGAAAUGAAGAUAGUUUUGAUCGGCGGGAUCACAAAAGAGACCGAAAUUGGGCGGAUGUUGAGGAUGGAUACAAGAGAAAUGAUAGACGUAAGGAUAACCAUUACAGGGAUGACGAACGAAGUGGCCAACGUGAUAGAGAGGUUAGUCACCGUGAUAGCAGGCGCGAUGAGAGGAAAUAUGAUGAAAGGCAGGAAAGACGAUUUGAUGGACAUGAUCAUAGACAUCAGGAUGGAAGACAUAAUGGAAACCAUGGUCAAAGGCACUAUAACAGGUCUGGAGACUCCAAUAAAGAACAACAGGAAUUGUUUUUUGAAAAGCGUAGACAAGAGCGUGAGAACAUCUGUGAAAAUGGAGUACCAGAGGUGUGGAUGAAUUCACCAGAAAGACCAGAACCAGAUUCAGAUGAAUUUAGUAAUAAAGAGUCAGUAGAAAGUGUAAGCGACAGCACUGAUAGUAGUGAAGAGGAAAAGAAAAAGAAAAAGAAGGCUAAAAAAAGAAAAAACAAAUUAAAAAAGAGCAAAAAGUCAAAGAAAAAACGCAAGCGGAAGAAAAGGACGAAGGACUCAAGUUCAGACGAAGACUCAAGCGAUUCAGAAGAAGAAGAGGAAGAUGAAGAACAAGAAUGGGUUGAGGCACAAAGGACUAACAGUCAGGCAGUUAUUGGCCCUUUGCCAAUAUCCUCAGAGAACGGACCAGCUGGACCUCUUGAUUACGGUAAAGCCUUGUUGCCUGGUGAGGGCGCUGCAAUGGCUGCUUAUGUGGAGGCUGGCAAACGUAUUCCUCGUCGUGGUGAAAUUGGCUUAACUAGUGGAGAGAUUGAAGUUUUUGAAAAUGUAGGCUUUGUCAUGAGUGGUAGCAGACAUCGACGAAUGGAGGCUGUACGUAUAAGAAAAGAGAAUCAAAUUUACAGUGCGGAUGAGAAACGUGCACUUGCCUCAUUCAGCAAAGAAGAACGAACAAAGCGUGAGGGCAAGAUUCUGAGGGACUUCCGGGAGAUGGUUCACAGAAAAACCAAAGACAAGAAAUAAAAUUAUGUACCUAAAGAAUAUAUUUUUAGCAAAAAUUCUCAAGAAUUAGUGAAGAGAAUUAUUAUUCGACUGAUCCAUGUCCAGGAACUGUUGUAGGCUUUCAAAAAGUACUGGUAUUCUUCUUUUCGGUGAUAGCACCAGAGAGCACAGCGAAAUAUCAGCAACGAGAAUAAGACUCGUAGAUGGAGCUGUAACAAAGUAAAGAAAAAGUUAAUGAUGUAGAAAAGUUAUGGAAAAGAAAUCAAGACUGUUUUUCUACAGCAUGUUUUACACGGGGGUCCGAAGUCUCCCAUAAAUCGCGGGAGUUUCCCGGAAAUCGGGAUGGUGUCCUGCACUCCCGCACGCAAGCAAGAACCUCCCGGAAAAUUACCCAUCUUCUGCAAAUUCAUAAUAUUUCCAUGUUUUUAUUACUUUAUUAUCAAUUUUCUCACAGAAGUCAUUGCCGAUUGGUAUCACCAUGCGCAGUAAAAUAUAGUUACUGUAAAUAUGGUAAGAAAGAUUAAGCAAAAUUACACCUAUACAUGUUUCUCCUGACGCAAAUCCAGUUAUUGUCUAUUAUUCCAUCACGACAAUAACAAUUACUAUCAUUAUUAUUAUUAUUAUAAUGCAGCAGUAGCAGUAGCAAUAGUAGUAGUAGUAGUAGUAAUUUCUGAAAUUCACUCAUGAGAAAUCAACAUUAUUCCACACAAUUGUGCGUAGGUCUCUGUCUCCUUUGCUGAACGUUAUUAAUAAGAAAACUAAACUGUUUCCAAGAAAUAAAUACCACUAUUCUGAACUUAUUCUUUAUAAUUAAAGUGUAAAUGUAGGCCUGCUUGCAGAAUCAUAUGAUAUUUUUACAUUUUUUUUUCUAAAAUUAUACUACAGAAACAUGGAUCUACUUAACUCUAUAAAUAUAGGCUUAUAUGAAUAUUAAAAAAACUUUUUUUAUAAUAUUUCAUAGGCCUAUCAUUUAAUUAAUACCCUGUCGCCGAAGUACCUGCGUGUGCAUGGUUGUGUUGGCAACGCGUGCGCCGUCUCAACAUCGGGAGUGCGCAAUUUCCUUUUCUUCCCAUUCGUGUUUGCGGUUUGUGUACUCAUAAAAAGUAAACAACCCUCCAGUAUAAUACGACAGGCCACGUCACCCAACUUCUGCGAUUUCUAUCCACAGAUUAACACACUAGACUUCACACUGAUUCGAUUAUAAUAAAAUUUACACCAACAGGA